GCUCUGCUCUGCUCGUUUGGCUUGUUUGGUUCCUUGCUGCUGCUGCUGCUAUUUGUUUCUUUGCGUUGGUAGGUGCGAAUACCUAUGUGCUUCUUGCGGCUGCUGUGCGUGGUUGGGGCGGUGGUGCUUGCGAGCUUUGUCACCUCCGUCUCCGCCUCCGGCAACGGCCUCACUGAUGUCGUUACUUGGGACGAGGGCAGCUUGAUUGUGAGGGGCGAGCGCGUCUUCGUCUUCUCGGGAGAGUUUCACUAUCCGCGGCUGCCGGUGCCGGAGCUGUGGCUGGAUGUUUUCCAGAAGUUUAAGGCCAAUGGGCUGAAUGCUGUCAGUAUCUACUUCUUCUGGAGCUACCACUCGCCCGCGCCCGACGUCUUCGACUUCGAGUCCCCGGCCAAGGACGUGCAGCGCCUGCUCGACAUGGCCAAGCAGGCUGGACUGUAUGUCAUCGCGCGGCCCGGGCCGUACGUCAACGCGGAGACGAACGCGGGCGGCAUCGCGCUGUGGGGCACCGACGGCAUUGGCGCGGGCACGAAACUGCGCACCUCGGACGAAGCGUAUCACCAGGCGUGGCUGCCAUGGAUCCAGGCCAUUGGCAAGAUCAUCGCGAAGAACCAGAUGACCGAGGAGGGCGGCGGGCCCGUUAUCAUGGUGCAGGUGGAGAACGAGCUCACUGAGUCGCGUCACGAGGCCAAUGACACGCUGGUCCUGUACAUGGAGCAGAUCAAGACGGCGCUGCGCGACGCCGGCGUCAUCGUGCCGUUCUCGUCCAACGAAAAGGGCAUGCGCGGGCAGAGCUGGUCGACCGACUACCAGAACGUCGGCGGCUCCGUCGACAUCUACGGCCUCGACAGCUACCCCGGCGGCAUGUCGUGCAGCAACCCGGACUCGGGCUUCAACGUCGUCCGCACCUACUACCAGUGGUUCCAAAACUACAGCUUCACGCAGCCCGAGAGCCUGCCCGAGUUCGAGGCCGGCUGGUUCCAGCCCUGGGGCGGCGCCUUCUACGACGACUGCCAGGCUGAGCACAGCCCCGAGUUCGCCGAUGUCUACUACAAGGACGUGCUCGCCCAGCGCGCCACCCUGCUGAACCUGUACGUCGCCUUCGGCGGCACCAACUGGGGCCACCUGGCCGCGCCCGUCGUCUACUCGUCGUACGACUACGCCGCGCCGCUGCGCGAGACACGCGAAGUCACGCCCAAGUUCUCCCAGACAAAGCUGGUUGCGCUGUUUGCGCGCGCGAGCCGCGCCCUGCGCCACACGGUCAUGGAGAGCAACGGCACGGGCAACGCGGUCGACUCGCAGGAUAUCUGGACCUGGGUCCUGCGCAACCAGGACUCGGCCGCCCGCUUCUACUUCGCUGAGCACAACUCGACAAAGUCCCGCGCGAACACGACGUUCACGCUGACGGCGCGCACCUCGCGCGGCGACGUGGCUAUCGACUCGCUCGAUCUGCGUGGCCGCCAGGCCCGCGUCGUCGUCACGGACUAUGCGGUCGGGAACGCGACGCUGCUGUUCUCGUCGGCGCAGGUCCUGACGUGGGGGCUCUUCGACGGGGACGGCAGCGCGCCGGUGCUCGUCUUCUACCUGGACGUUGGGCAGACGGGCGAGUUUGCGUUUGCGUCCAACGCUGGCGGCUACAGCAACUUCACCGUCCAUGGCGCCACGAGCGACUUUGGCCUUGCGCGGAAUGGCUCCGCGUUCCGGUAUACGCAGGGCGAGGGCGCGACGGUCGUAAAGUUCGGGUCGGGCGCGCUGGCUUACCUGCUCGACACGGCGACUGCCUACACCUUCUUUGCGCCCGCGACGACAGACGACCCGGACGUAGGUGCCGACGAACAGGUCUUUGCCCUCGGGCCAUACCUCGUUCGCAGCGCUUCAGUGGCAGACGGCGUCGUCGACCUGCACGGCGACACGGCCAACAGCACGACGCUGGAAGUGUACGCCGGGAAAACGGCCAAGCAGCUGCGCUGGAACGGCGUCGAGCUCAGCACGAUGCGCACGCCGUACGGGGCACUGAAAGCCGACGUGCGCGGCGCCGAGGACAUCUCGAUCGAGCUCCCCUCGCUCGCGGACCAGGCCUGGCUUGUCGCGGACGGGCUGCCCGAAGCCGCGCGCACGUACGACGACAGCGGCUGGACGCUCGCAAACAAGACGUCGUCGAACCUGCCCGAGGCGCCACUUACCCUGCCCGUCCUGCACGGCAGCGCAUACGGCUUCUACGCCGGCACGCUCGUCUACCGCGGCUACUUUGACGGGCGCGCCGCCUCGGGCGCAAACAUCACGGUGCAAGGCGGCACGGCAGCGGGGUGGAGCGCGUGGGCGAACGGGGCGUUUGUAGGCGGGCACGCGGGCAACGCGUCCCUCAGCGCCACGAGCGCGGUGCUGCGCUUCGAGGGCGCGGCGCUCGUCGACGAGGCCAACGUGCUGACUGUCGUGACGGACUACAGCGGGCACGACGAGACGAGCCAGGGGCCGUAUGGGCCGCUGAACGCAAGGGGUAUCGUAGGCGCACGGCUCCUUGCUAGUACUAAUAGCAGCAACAACAGCACCACCACCACCACCACCACCACAGUCAGCGGCUUCUCGCACUGGAAGCUCGCAGGCGCAGCCGGCGGCCCCGCCUACAUCGACCCCGUCCGCGGCCCCCUCAACGAAGGCGGCCACCACUUCGAGCGGCUGGGCUGGCACCUCCCGGGGUACAACGCCUCAGGCGCAGCCGCAGGCACAAGAUGGGAGGCAGGGAGUCCGCUCACGGGCUUCACAGGCGCAGGCAUCCGCUUCUACCGCACCGAGUUCCUUGUCACGGUUCCUGAGGGGGUGGACGCGCCGUUAGGGAUUGAAAUUGUCGCGGCUGCGGAUGCGCCGCCCCUGCGCGUGCAGCUCUACGUCAACGGCUACCAGGUCGGCAAGUACUGGGCUGCUGUGGGGCCGCAGACGGUGUUUCCGGUGCCGGUGGGCGUGCUGGACCAGAGUGGGGGCGGGAAUGUGCUGGGGGUUGGUGUGUGGGCGCAAGAUGAGGGGGAGGCUAGGUUGCAGACGCUGAGACUGGUCCGCUAUAAUGCGUAUCGGUCGGGGUUUGAGGGCGGGUUUGGCGAGCGUGCGGCAUGGGAGGGCUUGAGGCCGGGGUGGGGGAGGGAGAGGGAGGCGUUUGCUUAG